UUAAUUCUUUUUGGUUCUUCCUGCAAUACAGUGCAGGAUUAGAAGAAAGGGUUCGUUGAAGCAGCAUUGGAUCUUCUACUUUUUAAAGAUUUUCUAAUUUUUGAAUCACCAAUGUCAUAUCACUUCACUAACGCAAAUGCAAAAGCAAAAUUACCCUUUAUAAAUACCUCCCUGGCAUAUCUCCUUCAUUACCAAACAUCAAAACUUCAAAAAUGAAUCCUGACUUAUCUCAUUUCCAAUCAUCUGCCAUGGCAAAACUUCGAAGCCGGUCCUUUUGGUCUCAUCUCUCCGAUGCCUUUCUUUUCUUUGCUGCUGCCUUUUUAGCUCUUGUGUUAGUAUGGUCCUUUUGGUCGUAUUUCACUCCAACCCCUAACUUCCUACCCACCUUUACCCAUCCAUCCUCCAACUCCAAAAACAAUCCGGUCGAAAGUGGGUUCGGAGUUAACUUAAAGUCCGACCCGAAAGACCCCACUUUUUAUGACGAUCCGGAGAUGAGUUACUCCAUAGAAAAGCCGGUGAAGGAUUGGGAUGGAAAACGCAAAGAGUGGUUAAAGCAUCACCCUUCGUUCACCGCCGGAGCACGUGAAAGAAUCGUUCUUGUAACCGGGUCCCAACCUAAGCCAUGUAAGAAUCCCGUCGGUGAUCAUUUGCUCUUACGUCUUUUCAAGAACAAGGUUGAUUACUGCAGAAUCCAUGGCUGCGAUGUUUUCUACAACAAUUUGUUGUUGCAUCCGAAGAUGAAAUCCUUCUGGGCAAAGUUCCCCAUUGUUAAAGCCGCCAUGUUGGCUCACCCUGAAGCUGAGUGGAUCUGGUGGGUUGACUCGGAUGCCUUGUUUACAGACAUGGAGUUCAAGUUACCCUUAGAAAGGUAUAAAAACCAUAACAUGGUCGUUAAUGGUUGGCCUGAGUUGAUUUAUAACAAGAGGAGUUGGACCAGUUUAAACGCUGGGGUAUUCCUUGUAAGGAACUGCCAAUGGUCUAUGGAUUUGAUCAGUACAUGGUCUAACAUGGGUCCAAUAAGUGAAGAUUAUGAAAAGUGGGGUCAGAUUCAACGAUCAAUGUUCAAAGAUAAGCUGUACCCGGAAUCAGACGAUCAAUCGGCUCUGAUUUAUCUUCUUUACAAAGAAAAAGAGAAAUACUACGAUCAUAUUUAUUUAGAAAAGGAGUUUUAUUUUCAAGGGUAUUGGGUCGACCUUAUCGGAGUGUAUGAUAACACAACGGAGAGGUAUUUGCAAAUGGAGAGAAAGGUGGCCAGGUUAAGAAGAAGACAUGCAGAGAAAGUGAGUGAGCAAUACGCUGCGUUUAGGGAAGAGUUUUUGAAGGAAACUGGGAAAUGGAAGAGGCCAUUUAUCACGCAUUUCACUGGAUGUGAGCCUUGUAGUGGGAACCAUAAUCAGAAAUAUGAUGGGGAAACUUGUUGGGAAGGUAUGGUGAAAGCUUUGAAUUUUGCUGAUAAUCAGAUUUUGCGUAACUAUGGAUUCCUGCACUCGGAUCUACUGGAUUCCUCCACUGUUACUGAAGUUCCCUUUGAUUACCCUAACCCUACUGAUGGUGAGCGUUUCUCAUAAAAAAACAAAAGGUAAUAUAUGUGGGGAAGUUUUUGUUUUGGUGAAUGUAAUAUUUGAAAAUUUUUAUUUAAGUUAUUGAAUUAUUAAAAAUAUUUCAUUUAA